AUGUUUCCUUUCCCUAUGGCAUGUCAAAACGUCUUUAAAACACCUAAUGUGAUCGACGAAACGAAAAAGCAAGGUGAACUCUUCUCACGAAGCGUUCACGAUGGUUAUUAUUGGUUCACCAAACAAGCUGACAAUUCGAUUGCUAAAUUCUCAAAUGGUAACGCAAUAUAUACAAGGCCACCCGAUUGUAUCCAUCAUACUAAUGAAGGACACGAAUUUCACGAGAACGCAACGAUCACUCGUUUAUCGAAUAUCGAAGCACUCCUCCAUCGUUACAAUGGAAAAUGUUGUAUCCUGAUCAACGAAGACGAUCACGUAGAAGAUCAGAAAUAUAUUCUAAUUGGUACAGACAAUAGCGACGACGGUAGUAGUUACAUCGAAGAGGACGAAGAUAAUGAGAAUGUCAAGGUCAACGAAAACAAAUCUUGUCGUUACGAAAAUAAUCGAGAAGAAUCUUCGCCUAAAUGUUCCGACGAAUAAACGAAUUUUGGAAGUUAUAAUUAAUCGUUUUUCAUCGUUUAAACUGAUUUAGUUUAGUCUCGGAUCUUUUUGCGAAUGAAUGAACAAUUUAUCAAUAACGUUGCGACAAAGAAUUUCAUUUCUUCGUAACGACGGCAGCCUCUAGAAUUUAUCCAUUGAUUAUAUUCAAUAAAGUUUUAUCUAUUUAU